AUGGCACCCAAUGCUCAACAGCGCCGUCUUCAGAUUCAUUUGAAUCACUUGAUGGCUUCAACCACUCAUCAUCAAGAAAUGCUCCAUGAUCAAACUCUCGGUAUUCUGGAGAGAAAUGAUACCAGCGCUGCUACACCACUCAUGUUGGAACAUAACUACACGAGAGCAAGACAAUACGGCUCUAACGGAGUUGAUGUUGAGACUUUAAAGGCUUUCUUGGAUGGUAAAUAUGCUGAUACCAAGGAACGAGUGAGACAAACAUUGGCCAAAGGAACAUUCCCUCACUUCUUUGAUUAUGACACUUUGCAUUAUCAAGAAGCUCGUAGAGUGUUGAUGGGAUGGGCAAAAACCUUUGCCGAUGAACUUCCAUUUGAUUUGUUAAAUACACUCAGAAAUGAUUAUGGAAGAUUUGUGGCAUGGUUUGAAGCAUUUGGUCAUUUCAAUACUUCACUUUGUGUCAAGAUGGCUGUUCAAUAUUCAUUGUUUUGUGGUACAUUGGCAAACUUGGGUACUGAUAGACAUCAUGAAUUUGUUAAAUUGGGUCAACGACUUCAAGUAUUAGGUUGUUUCGGAAUGACAGAAAAAGGACACGGAUCCAAUGUCAGAGGUAUUGAAACAACUGCUACCUAUGAUCCAAAGACUCAAGAAUUUAUUGUCAAUACACCAAAUCCAAAAGCAAUGAAGACAUGGAUCGGAGGUGGACAAUUUUGUCACUACUCUGUAGUUUUUGCUCAACUCAUUUUGAAUGGAGAAAGAAAGGGAGUUCACGUUUUCUUGGUUCCAAUGCGUGACAGAAACACACAAAAGUUAUUGCCUGGAGUUUACGUUGAAGAUGUUGAGUACAAGUUGGGAUUGAACGGAAUUGACAAUUAUUCCUUCGGAUUUAAUAACGUUCGUAUUCCUCGUACAAAUCUCCUCAACAGAUUUAGUGAUGUGGCUCCUGAUGGUAAAUAUAUCUGCAAAUUCAAGACAGAAUCACAACAUUUUGGUGCAACUGUUGGAGAAUUGAGUGGAGGUAGAGUUGUCAUUGCAGGACUUGGCUCUGCUUGUAUUAAAUCAUGCCUUGCUAUUGCCGUAAGAUAUGGAUUUGCAAGAAAGCAAUUCGGUCCACCAGGAAAGGGUGAAAUUUCAAUUAUGGAAUAUCCAUCUCACUACACUAGAUUAAUGCCUUUGGUUGCUAAAACCUAUGCAUUGUCAUCGGCAUUGUCCCAUGUUCGUGAACAAUAUCAUCACAAGCACAAGAAUGCAGAAGCUAAUGCUCUUGGUCACUGCUUGACAUCGGCCAUCAAGGUUGCAAGUAGCUUCCAUACUCUCAACACUGCUGAUAUUUGUAGACAAGCUUGUGGAGGCGCUGGUUUCCGUGCUCCAAACCUUAUUUCUGGAUUUUUAAGAGAUACUCACGUCUUUGUCACAUUUGAAGGAGACAAUCAAGUAUUGCUCCAACAAGUUGCCAAGUAUCUUAUUGCUCAAUAUGCUCAAGCUGUGAAACAAGGAUGUUUCUGUGGCACUAUUCUUGAAUAUUACAAAGAUGGAAAGGUAGAGUUUAAUGGAGAGCAAGAUUUGACAUGUCCAAAAUAUCAACUCUACUUGUUCAGAACUAGAGAAAUUAAGAUGGUGGAGGAAUUGAUCAAGAGAUUGAGAGAUAGAGAAGGAAGGGGUGAAGACGAAUGGGAAGCUUGGAAGAAUGAAAUUGUUUUUGCUAACGAACUUGGUUUGGCAUUUGCUGAUAGAAUGAUUCACGAACAAUUCUUGAAGGCCUCCAACUUGUGCAGUUUCUCAAUUUCUAACACGCUCACUCUUUUAUGCAAGUUGAACGGAUUGACACAAAUUCAAAAAGCAUUGGGCUGGUUAGUCAGCAAUGGAGUUUUGUGUCCAAACUUGGGCAAGAAGGUUGACUCACUUGUGGUCUCUUACUCUAAAGAGGUCAGCAAGAUUGCUUUGGAGUUGAUUGAUGCAUUUGCUAUCCCAAGCCAAGUGCUUCCACCAAAGUGGGAUCUUAGCGAUUACACAGUCACUGAAAAUUAA